CACAGCAGCACUUCCCUGAGCCUGGGCUGGGCUGGGGCUCCUGCUGCAGCUGCUGGGGCUCCGGGGGCCUGGGGGAUGAAGCAUCCCCAGUGAGGGGAGCAGCCCCAGCCCCCAGCUCUGUCCUGCCCCAGCCAUUCCCCAGCUCUGCCAGGUGUUCUCCAGCUGCUCAGAGGUGCUGGGAGGGGCUGCAGGGAAGCUGGGAGUGUGUGAGCAGAGGAGGUGCCAGCACAGGGAAGUGCCAGUGAGGGCUGGCAGCGGGCACGGGCACAGUGGAGCCGUCCUGAGUGGCACAAGAGCUGCUGCUGCAGCCCCUCUGUGCUCUGCUCACAUCCCCAGGGGUGGCCCUGGCACCUCGGCUCCCCUGUUAAUUUGGAGAGUGCGGGCAUUCCCGAGGGAGCCGGGACUGGACCCCCAUUAGCUCCGGUGUCCUUUGAUCCCUGCCGGGAGCUGCCGCUGCAGCCACCAGCCUGAGCUCCGGUAAAAUAACCUUGUAGCUACUUUGAGUCGGCUUUUUGAGGUUAAAAAGCGCAGAAAUAACGCGCGGUUGCCCCGGAGGAGAUGAGUUAAAAUGCAGCAUACCACGUGCACGGAGGACAGGAUCCACCACGCGCUGGAGCGGUGCCUGCACGGGCUGGGCAGGGAUGCUGUGGCCAGCAGAUGGGCUGCCGGGCUGUGCCUGAACUGCUGGAGCCUGCAGGAGCUGGUGAGCCGGGACGCUGGUAACUACCUCAUCCUGGUGGAGAAGAUCCUGGGCAAGACCAAGGAGGUGCAGGACAGGUGUGACUACGACCUGGUGACGCCCCUGGCCCUGCUCUUCUACUCGGCCGUGCUCUAUGCUCCUCACCUCCCCCCCGGCUCUGAGCUACUGCUGAAAGCCGCCAGUGUCUACCACGGCUUCCUGACCUGGCCCGUGCCCUACUGCGACACCUCCCGGGAGCUGCUCACCUUCAUCAGCAACGAGCUCAAGGCGCCAGGGAUCACCUUCCAGAGGCUGGUGAGGACGGAGCAGGGGCUGCCUGUGAAGAACUACCAGAGCUCCACGGUGACGGUGCUGCUGCUGAACCACUCGGAGGUGCAGAGCGAGUUCGUGUCCAUCGCCCGCAGGCUGAGCUCCAGCGAGCCCGCCCAGCACUCCACGCUGCUGCUGCUGCUCCAGCACCUCUACCAGGCCACCUUCGGCACCCGCUGCGACCUGGAUGGGCUGGGCCGGCUGCUCAAGUCCAAGCCCCUGGAGGAGCUGUCGGAGCUCUACGCCAGCGCUGCCGAUGCUCACGAGGCGGCGGCCGCCAGCCCCGACCCCGCGCUGGCCCGGGAGCGGCUCCAGGCCGUGCUGCGCGACCUCGCCGGGGCCGCCUCCCUCCCUGAUAUCGCAGGCGAGGCCCAGCCCCGCAAGCUGCAGCCCUUCCCCAUUCCCCCUGCCCGCUGCUACACCUACAGUUGGGACCAGGACAACUUUGACAUCCUCAACGAUGUCCUCACCAAGGAGUGCAGCGUUGCCGAGCCCCUGGCCUCGGAGAACGAGGAGGAGGAUGAGGACGAAGAGGAGGAGGAGGAUGUGGAGACGGACGGCGGCUCCCCGGGGCAGGACUCGCUGCUGGCGCCGCUCUGUGCCCUCCCCGGUGACUCCGUGUACUCCGUGCUGGCCGAGGAGGGCUCCAGGCCCCCGCGGGUGUCCCUGUUCGCCUCCCCCAAGGAGUCCAUCUCGGAGCUGACCGUGGUCUCCAGGAAGUCCCUCAAGUCCUUCGUGUCCAGCCUGAAGGACUGCAUGGACAGCGGCUACGCCGAGGACAGCGACGAGAGCUCCGUGGAGGCGGCGGGCCGGCCCGAGCUGCCCAAGCAGCGGCAGUCGCUGACCAACCGGCUCUACAGACUGCUCAAGAGCAAGGGCCAGCAGCUGGUGCAGCGCCGGGAGUGCCCGGGGCCGUGCUCGCUCCCGCUGCGCCGCGCCGAGAGCCUGUGCGCGCCCCCGGCGCAGCCGCGCGUCCCCGCGCGCUCCCGCCGCGCGCUCUCGCUGCCGCAGCACGGCCCGGCCCGGCACGGCCCCGCCCCGCUCGGGGCCCGGCCCCUGGGGCUGCCCCGCCGCCCCUUCCUCAGCUGCGACGAGGAGGAGGGCAAGGCGGGCACGCUGCGCGUGGUGGUGUUCGGCUCGGACCGCAUCUCGGGCAAGGUGGCCCGCGCCUACAGCCGCCUCAGGCUCCAGGAGAGCUCCUGCCCCUCAAUCACACGGUACUUCAGGCUGCAGUUCUUCUACGUGCCCGUCAAGAGGAGCUGCGCGGCUCCAUCGACCCCGCAGAUGCAUCCUCAUCAUCAUCCUCAUCCUUAUCACCACCCCUCGGCGUCCCCGGUGGAGUCCCCGCCCCGGGCACAGGACCCCUCCCCAGCUGGGACAGGGAGCAGCACCAACGACAUCUCCCACUACCUCGGUCUGCUGGAUCCCUGGUACGAGCGCAACGUGCUGGGGCUGAUGAGUCUGCCCAUGGGCGUCCUGUGCCAGUGUGCCAAGCCCGAGGCUGAGCCCCAGGAGGAUGCCCAGGAGCAGCUGCCCAUCCUGGCAGACAUGAUCCUCUACUACUGCCGCUUCGCCUCGCACCCCGUGCUGCUGCAGCUCUACCAGACCGAGCUCACCUUCAUCGGGGGCGAGAAGAGGACCGAGGUCUUCAUCCACUCCCUGGAGCUGGGGCACUCAGCAGCCACCAGGGCCAUCAAGGCCUCAGGCCCAGGCAGCAAGAGGCUGGGAAUAGAUGGAGACAGGGAAGCAAUCCCACUGACACUACAGAUUGCAUACAGCAAGACAGCUGCCAGUGGCAGGAGUCACUGGAACGACGUGGAGAAGGUCUGCACGUCUGUCAACCUCAGCAAGGCCUGCAGGAGGCACGAGGAGCUCGCCUCCAAGACAGAAUGUCUCAACCUCACCAUGACCGAGGUGGUCAAGAGGCAGAACUCCAAAUCCAAGAAGAGUUUCAAUCAGCAGAUCAGCGUGUCCCAGAUAAAAGUGGACAAGGUCCAGAUCAUCGGGGUCCAGUCCUCCUUCGCCGUGUGCCUGGACCAGGACGAGCAGAAGAUCCUGCAGAGCGUUACCAGGUGUGAGAUCUCCGUGUGCUACAAGCCCAGGGACUGUGACCCCCUGACACCGAGGGGCUCCCCCGUGGCUCCCCAGGACCCCUCUGAGUUCCAGUCCCUGCUGUGUUUGCCCAUUGCCACCUUCAGCGGGGCACUGCCCUAGAGGAGCCGUGUCCCUGCAGAGCAGACUGUGCCACACCAGCCCAGGCUCAGGAGAAGGAAAGGACACCCAGCCCAGCUUGUCCCCGAGCUCCUGCUGCUGCAGAGUCGCUGUGGGGGCUGAGCUGCUGCUCCAGGCUCCUGCAGUGCUGUCACUGUGGUGUCACCGUGGGGGCUGAGCUGCUGCUCCAGGCUCAGCCCCUCCUCAGGAAAUGGGAUCAAUUCUUGUGCUCUGCUGUCCCUGGGGGUUCCUCAGGAGGUGCCUGUGGCCCAGCAGAUCCAGCACCUGCUGGGAGGGCAGGGCAAGGACAGGGAUAUUCCCUGCCAGGUGGGGUGUGGGGAAGGGUGAUGAGCUCAUGGGGAUAUUUGGGGAGAGGAACAUCCUCAGCUCAGUGGUGUCGGGUGUCUGUCAGUGCAGGGCAGUUACAGAGCCCUGGUAUUGGUGAAAUGACCCCUGUCCUGCUGGUGUUUCGCCUGUCACAUGGCGAGGAUGCUCAGGACAGUUUCCUGGGAUGGGGACAGGUUUCUCAAGGUUUCCCUUCCUCUCUGGAGGUGGGGUGUCCUGCAGGGACGCAGAGCAGGGAUCCUGCAGUGUGGGAUCCCCGGGAACUGAGCGCAACAGGUCAUGCCAGGGCAAGGACAGCUGCUGGUGGGUCCAUGUGUUUCCUGUGCCCCCAGGAGAGGAAUUCCCAGUUCCUGCAGGGUUCCAGUACUGAGCUGUACUCCUCUGGUCGUGCAUCCUGCUCCCAGCACUGUGUGCCAGGAGAGGAAUUCCCAAUCCCUGCAGGGUUCCAGCACUGUGCUGUACUCUCUGGUUGUGCAUCCUGCUCCCAGCACUGUGUCCCAGUUCCUGCAGGGUCCCAGCACUGAGCCGUACUCCCAGUCCAGCCCCUGGCUGUGCAUCCCGCUCCCAGCACUGUGUGCCAGAGCCAGCCCAGGGCUGAGCCCUCAGCAGCUGCUGGAAAUCCAUCAGGAUCUGUGCUGGACUCCCAGCAGGGAGGGAAGGACUGGGGAAAGCACCAGGACAGCCUUUGGGCCAUUGCAGGGGGACCUUUGCUGGAGAGAGACCCAGCUCCAAACCCACCCAGUGACACCUGCCAGUGACAGCAGGAUCUGAGAUCCUCCCCCCCACGAGCAUUCCAGCCUCUUCCCCCUCUCUGCGAGGCUGCAGGUACAGAAAGGUGCAAUAUUUGAGGAUAUUUAGGGGUAACCUGACCCUAUCAGUGAAGAAAUAAGACUGGAAAAGCCUCAGGCUGUUUCUGGGUGGUUUUGGGGGAUUGUAGCGGUGCUGGCAGCAAAAGGGCUCCUGCAGAAUCUAAGGAGAUAAUCCCAAUGUUCUGUUUUUGGGCAGUUUUUGGGGAUUGUAGCAGUGCUGGCAGCACAAGGGCUGCUGCAGGCUCCAAGGACCUGAUCCCAGUGUCCUGUGUCCCCUGGUUGUGUCUGGAGGGACCCCUGGCACUGCUGGGGGCUGCAGGGCUCAGCCCCAGUGGGGUCGAUCCAGGGGGAUCCUGCAGGAAGCAGGACCUGGUGAGCUCCUGGCGCUGUCCCCAAGCCUGGUGGCACAGCAGCAGCGUCACCUGGGGUUCAGCCUGCCAGGGAAGGGGCCAGAGCUCCUGGGGCUCCAAGGAGUGGGGUCAGGUGUGUCUGGUGGACUCCCCCAGCCCUGUGGGACCCCUCCUGUGCCCUGGCUCUGCCCCCAGCUCCGCUCCCAGCUCUGCUGGCCGCUGGACACCUUCUGUCCCACUGUGCCAUGGCUGGGGACAGCCUGGCCUGGCCCAGGGCUGAGCUCCGAGGUCCCCAAAGGGUUUUCUCUCUGCCUUUGCCUUCCCCAGGCAGGUUUGAGGUGUGUUCUCUCCUGUGGGGCUGGAAUUUGGCAGGGGGUUGUUCUUGUUCAGGGCUCUAAACCAGCACCUUGUCCUGUCAAACACUGCUCAUUGGGAUCUGUGGCCAAUUCCAUGCCAGGGAUCCGUGCCAGGACACAAAUCCCUCUGGGCUCAGCUGGCCCUACAGCAGUCCUGGAGAACAGAAUUCCCAUCCAGAAAACCAAGCCUAAACUCCAGGGCUCACAAUCCUGGCAAAGGUUCUGACCUCUGAUACUUCCUGGAAAUGAGAGAAUUCCAGGUCUCUUCGGGGUGGUUUUUGUACAUUUGUGUAGCCUCAGCAAAUCUGUGUAAAGUCUGUGCUGAUCUGUAAAAUACUGUGCAGAGAACUUUUAAAGUAAUUGUAAAAUAUUAAAA